UCCACGAUAUCCCUUCGAAGAUGAUUCUACCUCAUUCAACUUCUUCGCAGCCGUCUUGGAGUUCCAGUGGCCUUCGAUUUUUUACGAGGCAACAGCAUAGAAAGAAAUGGCCAUUUCCCUUCUUCUCCCAAGUUCGGGGCUUGAGCUCUCGCUAAGUGCUUUCACAGUUUACUUGUAUGGUUGAUUUCCUUGGCUUGAGUGGCUCCUUCCUUGAAACUUUCGAAAUCCUGACCACCUCCCCGUUGACUGACUACUUAUUAUUCUUUGACGGGCACCUUAAAUGCGCUCAUGUCACUUGCGAGAGCGUGUCUGUAUCGCUUCCCGUUCCGUCGCUUCCCUAAAGGCUCUCCUGUGGUUUUGUGAAAACCUCAAGGCUGUCAUGGGAACUUGUUACAAUACUGGGCAGUCUUCCGAUGUGGACAAAAUGAAGAAAUGGGUGGUAUACUCAUUGGUCAGGAUACCGAUGGUUAUUGUGGACUUUGAUGCGGGGGGUCGCCGCAUUGCCAUUUGGGCGAUUCCAAGAUUACGGUGCCUCUACUACAACGCCGGACUUGACAAGGGCUCGUUUAUUGUUGGAGGGUUCAUACUCCCAACCGGAUCCCCAAGACCAAAACCAUUAUUAAGCAGAAAACAAGAUAGAAUAAACAGCCCGGCUAAUAUCAAUAUCAACAACGAUAAGGGCUGUCAUCCGUCCUUGGAUGAUCAGUCGAGUUCCAUCCUUGCUGGUGUGAGGAAAACACUCGAUGUCAUUGCGUCCUCUAACCACCCGAUCACCAUAAGUGCCAGACUCUGGCGGGGAGACGGUGGGAAGGGCGGUACCGAGGAGGGAUGACAAAUCCUGAAUCUCCAUUGACAUAGACAUACCACGAGCUAUGCAUACAGUUUUCAUCCACUUCGCGUCCGCCGAAAGAGGUUUUGACUCUCCUUGCUAUGGAGGAAUAGACAUUCGCAGGAACCCGCUCGCCGAUACUGGGGGAAAGACCCUGGAAAGGAUCGUUCAGCCAGGGUUCAUCCGAGUUGUGGCCUGAAUCUGGCUCAGAACCUUG